GCGCGCGCAUCCCGGGGCCAUGGGGCGCACGUGAGUCCACGCCCCGCGCACCCAGCCCUGCCUCUCACCAGAGCAUUCUCGGCAGCUGCCACAGUAGCAGCCUCCUCCUCCUCCUUCCCCUCUUCUUUCUCCUACGGCCGCCGCCGUCGCCGCUGCUCUGUCUCCUUUACCCUCUCGUCUUCCUUCAUCCCCCAGUUCCUGCUCCUCCUCCCAUCCCCGGCGCCUCCUGCCUGGCCGCGAAAGGCAGAACCCUCAGCAGCGGCUCCCCCUCGCUCUCGCCGCGAAGAGGCUGGAACAGGGUAGAAGUGGUUCUGAGGAUUAAAUGAGAUAAUGUAUGCAGAACAUCAGGCACAGAAUAGGUUUCCCCCAAGAGCGAGCAACUGAAUCCUUACAUCUUGUGGCAGAUGGUGUACCCAGCACUGAGUCCAUCAGAGCUGAAGGCAGCCCAGCCCCUUCUCAUGGGCAGUGCCCACCUGUACUGAGGUCCUGCGAUGGUGGUGGUGUGAGGAGCUGUGCAAUUAGUUGUAACUGAAAAUGUCUGACAGUCUGGAUAAUGAAGAGAAACCCCCUGCUCCCCCACUGAGGAUGAAUAGUAACAACCGGGAUUCUUCGGCACUCAACCACAGCUCCAAACCACUUCCCAUGGCCCCUGAAGAGAAGAAUAAGAAAGCCAGACUUCGCUCUAUCUUCCCAGGAGGAGGGGAUAAAACCAAUAAGAAGAAAGAGAAAGAACGCCCAGAGAUCUCUCUUCCUUCAGACUUUGAACAUACGAUUCAUGUGGGGUUUGAUGCAGUCACCGGGGAAUUCACUGGAAUUCCUGAGCAAUGGGCACGAUUACUCCAAACCUCCAACAUAACAAAACUGGAACAGAAGAAGAACCCACAAGCAGUACUAGAUGUUCUCAAAUUCUAUGAUUCCAAAGAAACAGUCAACAACCAGAAAUACAUGAGCUUUACAUCAGGAGAUAAAACUGCACAUGGAUACAUAGCAGCCCAUCCUUCGAGUACGAAAACAGCAUCAGAGCCUCCUUUGGCUCCUCCUGUGUCUGAAGAAGAAGACGAAGAAGAAGAAGAGGACGAAGAUGACAAUGAGCCCCCACCAGUUAUUGCACCAAGACCAGAGCAUACAAAAUCAAUCUACACUCGUUCCGUGGUUGAAUCCAUUGCUUCACCAGCAGCACCAAAUAAAGAGGUCACCCCACCUUCUGCUGAGAAUGCCAAUUCCAGUACCUUGUAUAGAAACACAGAUCGACAAAGGAAAAAAUCCAAGAUGACAGAUGAGGAGAUCCUAGAGAAGCUAAAUUUUAAUAACCUCAUUUUACAGAUCAGUGAAAGUAAGCCUCAAAAAGCUAAAGUGACCAGGGCAUCAGGUACUGUUUAUACGGCUCUAGACAUUGCAACAGGACAAGAGGUGGCCAUAAAGCAGAUGAACCUUCAACAACAGCCCAAAAAGGAAUUAAUUAUUAAUGAAAUUCUGGUCAUGAGGGAAAAUAAGAACCCCAAUAUUGUUAACUAUUUAGAUAGCUACUUAGUGGGUGAUGAACUAUGGGUAGUCAUGGAAUACUUGGCUGGUGGCUCUUUGACUGAUGUGGUCACAGAGACCUGUAUGGAUGAAGGACAGAUAGCAGCUGUCUGCAGAGAGUGCCUCCAAGCUUUGGAUUUCUUACACUCAAAUCAAGUGAUCCAUAGAGACAUAAAGAGUGACAAUAUUCUCCUUGGGAUGGAUGGCUCUGUUAAAUUGACUGAUUUUGGGUUCUGUGCUCAGAUCACCCCUGAGCAAAGUAAACGAAGCACUAUGGUGGGAACUCCCUAUUGGAUGGCACCUGAAGUGGUGACUCGAAAAGCCUAUGGCCCGAAAGUUGAUAUCUGGUCUCUGGGGAUUAUGGCAAUUGAGAUGGUAGAAGGUGAACCCCCCUACCUUAAUGAAAAUCCACUCAGGGCAUUAUAUCUGAUAGCUACUAAUGGAACCCCAGAGCUCCAGAAUCCUGAGAGACUGUCAGCUGUAUUCCGUGACUUUUUAAAUUGCUGUCUUGAGAUGGACGUGGAUAGGCGAGGAUCUGCCAAGGAGCUUUUGCAGCAUCCAUUUUUAAAAUUAGCCAAGCCUCUCUCCAGCCUGACUCCUCUGAUUAUCGCUGCAAAAGAAGCAAUUAAGAAUAGCAGCCGCUAGGACUGCAAGCCUUAUCCCACACCAUCUCCCUCAUGAGUAAGACUGAAAUAAAACUCUGCUGCAGGAAACAUGGAAGAAAAGACAGUAAAACUGGGUGGAUGUCUUUAGCUUUCAAACAAAUAGAAACUUCUUAUAAGCCUUUUUCCUACUCCCUCAGAUUAUGUAAUUUAUUUGUAAGCCUGAACCGCAGCCCAAACAGGGCAGCAAUGUCGAAGUGGCCAUGAAGUGGUCACUUCCACCGUGAAGCGAAAGAGCCAGUAGUGAAUCCCCUCAUUUUGUGCAUCCGCUUUGAAGAAAAAGGUUUCUCAAAGGUGCACACCUCCUCUUCAUAGUGUUGUAUUUGUUUUUAAGUUAGAGAGUAGUCCCUCUUGCAUUCGAACCUCCUUCAAAACUCCUUACCCAAUGUGAUGUUUUUCACUUUCAUUGUCAUUAGAUGUCCAGCAAAAAGAAGUCAAAACAUUUUUUUAAAAAGAAAGCAAAAAAAAAAACCCACACACACACACCAAAAAAAAAAAAAAAAGAAAGAAACAAAUAAUAAUUAAAAAAACCCCAGAGCAAGUACUACGUGAACAUGUGGAAGUCCAUGCCCUGAUAGAGUUGCAAUUUUUUAUUCUUCUUCUAUAGUGGCAGCUUGGUUUGUGUACCUGUUUUUCUGCAUUUGCAUUGGAAAAGGUUUCUUUUAAGACAUUUUCCAAAAGCAGAGAGCAAUAUAUGUGUUCAGGAAAGGUUUUAAAAACUGUAUAUCUAAAUAAUACUCAAAUGGUGAAAUCCUGUCACAUCUUCAUAAUGAUGCUUAAUAGGUGAUUGAUUUAUCGUUUAUAUAAAUCAGCUUGUUCUUUUUCAUGAUACUUGAAGAAGGACACAUCAAAACUGUGGCACUCCUGUUGGGUGAGUCCAGGACCUGAACUUAGGAAAUCCUUAUAGGAGAAAUGAUACUUAAACAAAGAUGCGACUUUCUCUGAGAGCCAAAAGGAAAACAAGAUAAGUAUGCAAUACUGAAAUCCUUGUUGGACAGUAAGUAAACAAAGAUUUAAAAAUACCUAAUUUAAUCCUCUCUUGUGCUCGUGGAACAUAUGCACUAUAAAAUAGGCACGUUGGGAGGAAAUAGACCCAUUAACCAACAUUUGCUUAUCAUAAAAAUCAUUUAUUUGACAAUUUAUAACAUUUUAAAAAUUUAAAAAAAUAUCUGGAGAACAAAGAUAUUGUAAGCGUUCAACUCUGGAAGAAACGGAGGUCAGUGAAAACUAUAUCCCAACCAACAUUUGGUUCUAAGUACUAGUUCCCAUUUUCCCUAUAUACCACCAAUUUUGUUUCAGGAUAUUAUGUUCAUACCUGGUUUUUGGGGCUUUAGAAUUUUGGAAACAUGUUCAUAAAGAUCUGGAAGUUCUCCAGUGAAAAUAAUUAGUGUCUUCAAUCUUCUAUCACUAGAAAUGUAAGUCCAACUGAAUUCCUUUUGUGGCUUGGAGAAAUAUGAAAAUUUGUCUAUUAUUUCACCAUGUAUCUAUUUAUUAAAAAUUCAACAGUUGGCAUUUCCUGAAUUUUCUGAGAGUAGAAAAAUAUCUGGAGGGUGUCAGCGUAGAAAAGGACAUGCUUCUCUUUUGAGUGUAUUGUCAAAUUUUAUAAAUUCUGCAAAGUUGUUUCUCUAAGUCUUUGAAAAACUAACAAUUUGUGUUGUAGAAGGCUUCUCGAUUUGUAGUAUAUCAAGAAUCUGAAUAUAACCAAUCUACAUUCAGCAAGAUUUCUUAUUUUCUUACAGUUUUCUUUGACUAUAAAAUUUGGGAAAGGCUUGAACCACCCCACCCCACCCUCCACCCCGCCCCACACACAGAAAUGUCCACAGUGGGAUAAAACAACAAAUGUAAAAAGAAAGUCAAAUGGUAAUAUUAAUUUAAAGCAUACCACGUUAUACUUUGCAAAAAGGUAUCUAGGCCUGAGAUUUUUUAAUGUCACACUGUUCUAAUGAGAGAAGGGGUGGGGGGCUUAAUUUUUAUUUCACAAGAUUUUAAAUUAAUGUUUUUUUUUUUUAAUUUUUUUUAUUCAUAGUGCCAGAUAAUUCAGUGAAAUAAUACCUGGGAUGCAAAUAGAAUCUAGUACAUUGAUAAUUAUGCCCUGCCAAUGGAGAGAGCCCCAAAUCUGGUUGGGAAUUCCUAGUUGUCAAUUAGCAUCCCUUAUAUGUCAUAAAGACCUUCUUUUGGUGAGGGGAGACCUUGGAGUGGUGAUCCUUCAGAUCACUGUAGGCAGAUAAAUGGCUGCUCUUUUAUGCUUGCAAUUCAGCACAUUAACUUUGAGGAGCCAGGUACUUCUUUAUCACAUCCCAUUGUACCAAGAAUUUAUGAUACUAUAUCUCAGUAGGCUUUACUCCUACAAAUUUAUAUCUAUGUAAAUUUUAAAUGAGAACAGUUUCUAAAGACCCUUCCCUGUGUUGAGAGUUAUGUAUAUUUCUAAUAAGUAUUAAAGAGAAGCUGUUUCUCCUGUCAAAAUGAUACUGAAAGAUUCACAUUUGUUACACUUGAACAACUUGGACUCCAGGUGGUUAAUAGUAUAUUCCCUUUCCCUGGAUUUUUAAAAGCUCAUCUUGGCAUAGGUGAGUCUAUCCAGAUCUUUAAAGUUGCUAGUCUGCCCUGAGAUAAUGAGGGCACAUCAUCAAAUGUUUCCAAAAUGUCCUGAGAUAAGAAUAGGGCAGUGGGAAAGUCAGGGAAGGGUGAGAAGCACAGUAGAGAUUAUUUAUAUAAGAAAGAAAAGAACAUUAAUGUUGUAGCAAGGAUCCAGUGCGUUGUCAUAAUCCCAUGAGGAUUUUUGGAUGACAACAGUCUCCUCAAAUCAGUCACCACGUUGGGUAAUGACUUCGUUCUUGCUGAUCUCGUCUACGUGUCAUUGUAAAUAUUUGUGUGCCCAUGUUCCAUUUUGGCUACUGGAUGGCCAAGUCAUGUAAGAAGAUUUAACUCAAGUAUUUAUUUUUUAAUUGUGUUAUUCAGAUUUCUUUCAGGCUUGUGAAUUGCACCCAUUGUCUGAGUUUAAUCACCUGAUCCUCACAUCUAUCCUCCUCCUGUGAAGCACAUUCCAUUGCUAAAAGAAAAAGAAAUAUAAAAUUGCUUCUUGUCAUCUGUAUAACUGUUUUGAUAGUUUGAGAUGUUUGUCUACAAAGGAUAUUUCUCAGUUCAAAGAUCAUGUAAAUAAUUAUAUUCCUUUGCUCAAUGGGUUGUUUAUUUCUACUGAGGCUGCCAGUUCUCAGAGAGAUUCUCAGAGAGAAUCUAGAAAAUCACUUUUAAAUAACAUAUACAGGGAUUACAACUAUGUAAAAAUAAAUGUGCAUAUGGACAAAGACUGGGAACACAGAUAAUUGAAAUUAGUUGUGUUAGGGUGGUGGGAUUAUGUGAUUUAUUUUUCUUUUUACGAUAUUGUUAUAAUAUUGCUUUAUAAUAGGUAAACAUCAGAAAGGGGACUAUAGAAAAGAUGCUAGAAGCAGAUGCCUUCUGGCCAGAGCCCAGAGCAUGCAGGGCACAGAUAUAUGCUAGUUACAAUUAUUCUAUAGGCUUUAUAUUUGCCUGGGUGCUGUGAUUGGCACAUGCUCGGGUAUGGCACGUGCUUUCUUAGGGGACUAUUACCUAUAAGUUAAAGCUAGGGAGAUGUCGCUGUUAGAACUCCAAACACAUCAUUCUGCUUUUAAACUAGCUGCCCUCUGCUUUGGUAUAGCAUCAACAUUUGUUUUGGUUGAUUUAGAUUGGAUAGGUGAUGUUUGAUUAGCCCCCUUGAUAAUGCCUGUUUCAGGUAUCACCUUUCUAGAUCAUUUUAGCAGUUUUAGGUUGAAUUUUGGAAUAGAAGAUAAAAUCUCCAACUUCCACCAUCUCCUUCUCUGACAGGAUAUUAUAUCAUUCAAGUAGGAUUCUUCUUUUAAUGACCAGUAGGCGAGUCCCAUUGACUUCAAUAAGUUAUUAUGAUUUGCAAUUCAAAGUUAACUAUGAAUACAUUAAGACAAAUUUUUAGAACUUUCUUUGUCUAUUGGCAUUCAGUCACAGUCCUGUUAGUUUUGGCUUGAGGUAGCCUCUAUGUAUUUUCUGUAUCGCCUGACUAUACAUUGUAUGCAGUAAUUGUCAUUGUUAAGGAGAAAAGGGAGACUAUCCACCAAAAGAGGGAUUUCCUUUUAAUUCGCCAAAGAAAUUUUAGGUAAGGACUUUUAUAAUGAGGUAGUGGCCUCAGAUGUUACUCAAUUUCACUAAGUGCAGACCUUGUACUUAGAGAACCCACGGGCUUUUCAUUGACCAUUCUCAGCCUAAAAAUACUUAUGGGAGUCUUAACCCUGCCAUCCCCAGUUGAACCUCAUGGUCCAUUUCAGAGCUACUAGCAGUUAAUAUUCAGUUAAAUAAAGGCAUGGCCAGUGCUGCAAGCUUCUCCCAGUCUCUGAGCUAGAGGACUGAAUUUCAGCAUUUGUGAAUUGACAGUCUAACUAGGCCUGGGAUUUUGAGCGAACUUAACACACAAUUCUGAAUACAUAUUUGCAUGUGGAUUGAAAAGGAAAUAAAUGGGACCUUGGAAAUAAUGGAAAUAUUUUUCCUAAGAAAGUAUUUUUUUCUUAAGAGGUUUGUUUCUGAUACAAUCUUUUUGUUGGUUAGCUUUAAUUUUUUCACUCCUUUUCUGAUCCCGUACUCCUUUAGUAAUGAAAUGAAUAUAACCCAACUCCUCAUGCACUGAGAAUGUAAUGUCUGUUUAAUAUUAAACAAUAUCUAACUGCAUCUGCAAAUGCAGGAACUGAGAUAUCAUCUCCAUGAGCACACUUCUGUGUACAAGUAUACUAUAAUACAAAAAAUAGCAUUUACUGCCAUGUAAUAUAGUCAAACUUGCAAGAUAAACUUAUAGAAGAAGCUGGUUAGUGCCAUCAGAGUCUACUUUGGAAACUGCCAUCAAGUAAAUGCUAUCCCAUAAUACCAACAGUAAGGCAGGUACCAUGUUCACCUGAUUUAGUACCUAAGAGGAAAUCAACAGCAAUUAUAGAGAAUCAGUCAGAUGUAGUGGAAGGAAUAUUAGCCCAGGAGUAAGGAGAUCUAAUAUAGGCUCUAUUACUAAUUUACUGUGUGACCUUGGGCAAGUCACUUAACCUUUUUGUGGCCGUUUCCUCAUCUGUAAAAUAAAAGUAUUGGACUAGAUGAUCUCCAAGGUCUUUCCAAAAGCUCUAACAUUGUGAUAUUAUAAGUUGCCUUUGCAAAUUCAACCUGUUAAAGUAAUGGCAAAUAUCACAUGCUUAAGCCUGGGUCUCUUAUGUUUCAGUUAAACAAUAGCACUAUAUAAGAUGAUUUUAAAAAACUCAAGUAAACGAAGUUAAUAAUACUAGGGAAUGUUGAUAAAACUUGUGGUGGCCUUCCAAUCCCUUCACAGUUUUGUUUUUGUUUUAAAGUUCUUUUCUGUUGAGCAUUCCCAGUUUUCAUUUUCCAUAUACUCUGUAUGUAAAGUCUGGUUUUCAUUAAGCUGUAGCCAGUAUUUGCUACUAGAAUAGAAAUACACUGUCACACUUGCUAGAAUAGAACUAUACUUGAGCCUCUUCUUUCCUAUGAAGCUGUGCUGGGUUUUAUAGACUUUACUUCAUAAAUGGUACAAAAUGGUAGAACCCAUGUAUUUUAAUGGUUGGGACUACUAAGAGUGGACCUAAGCACUUGAAGGUUACAGAGAGUGAAAUUAGAAAAAAGUAAUUACAUGCUGUUAGUAUUAAGGAAUGUUGACAAAUCCACUUGUUGGGAAAUAAAAUAGCAUUUCUGAUGACAAUUCCCACAGUAAUUGGCCAGUUAUAUGAGCAUGCUGCUGGAAAGAGGGCAAACUGGAAGUUAGUUAGUGGAUGGUCCCAAUGCCCUGCCUACAGCAGAGUGCCAACCAGCCCUGAGUGUGAAAUUCAAGUUCAGUGUGUGUGCUGUGUGUGGUGUGCUUUAUGGACCGCAUAUAUUAUAUUCAUUAGUGAUAAGACCUUUCACAGAAUACUAUAACCAUUAGUGGGUUGAGUUUUAAAUCUCAGUACAUUAGCAAGAAGGAGCCAGAUCACAGGGUACUGAUGUCUACUGGGAUUAUACUCAUAAUAUCCAGACAAAGCAAGUUAUGGAGGAUCUACACAUUUUCAUUGUUUAUCAGAAUUGUAUCUCAUUUGGCUGUGCAUUACUUUUGUUAAAAUGUGCUAUCUGUAAACUCAUGUGUAGUGAAAUUCUUCUGUAACUUUGGAUUAAAGGUAUUUAUGAUCUUUUUGUUUGUCUGAUUUUUAAGUAAGUUAUUUCUUUUGUGGAACUGCUGAUGGUAUGGUUCCAUCCUUCUGACCUCAGCAUUUGAUCUUUUUAUGGACUUUUGUUAUUUUCAAUUGUGGUUGAAGCAAUAGAAAAUUGAAAUAUGGAUUGUGCAUGACUGUGUCUUGAGUGUAAAAAUAUUGCAGUUUGAAACUUGGACCUAAAGUAUUGCAAAU